AUGGGACAUUUUUUUCCCCUGUAAUUUUAUCUUCGCCUGAAGAUACGCGCAGUUUUACACCUGACAAAAAGAGUCAGCAACUUUAUUAAUUAACAUUCCGUGGGAUAAUCGAGCAGUUGCAUGCCGUAAGGCAAUGACAGUUUACAGACAGAUUCACACAAUAGCGAACCACUCAAGAUACAUCUAACACAGUUACUGUACAUGUUGUAUAGGCAGACGCAAGUAAGAGAAUAACAGUCCUUGCAUUGAUGGAACAACCAGGACGAUUGUAAUGAUACCACAGCACACGGCCUGUGGUACGAAGUAAACACCCGGGAGUGUACAACUGAUGUCAUAAGGAAAUCCUGGUCCAGGGAAAGUAGGGUUCCAAGUAUUAUAAAUACAGGACACGGAUUUUGUAGUAUUCUUCUCGGACACAUUCAUGACUUUGUUGUUUAAACAGAAGGAGAUUCUGCUGGCAGAUUUUUAAACGCAAAAGAUACACAGUGAAACAGUAUGAAUUUGCCUUCACUUCAACGCAAUGGACCUACAGACGUAAAGAUUUCAUAACAUAUUAGCUAACAGUUUCAUUGUUAUCGAAGAGGCUGAAAAUAGACAAGGUAUUUCCUUUAAGAUCAUAUUUCUUAUGGCAACAUCCAAAGUUUGAAAACUUUAAAAGAAAUUGAAAGACUGUUGAGCCCAAGAAUUCAACAGAGUAAACACGGUCAUUCGGGGCAUUUACCAACCAAGGCGAAGAAGAUUACGAAUAGGCCUACGACAAGAAACGGGCAGUUCUUUUCAAAGAAUAUUGAAGAAAAUGGGUAAAUAUCAAACUGGCAGAUCAAGGUCAAAGGCGAGAAGAUGUUGGGAAGCUUUUCGCCCACAUCUGAUGGUUAUAAGUAUCAUCUUAGGCGUGGCUUUAGGGAUCGCCCUAGGGGCCGGGCUUCGCACGCUGGACCCGCCCUUGACCGCGCAGCAGGCAAAGUACCUGAAAUUUCCUGGGGAUCUCUUACUACGUAUGCUGAAGAUGUUGAUUCUUCCAUUGGUCGUUUCAAGCCUUAUCUCAGGAAUAGCCUCCUUACCCUCGUCUUCCACUGGAAAACUUGGGGCCAGGGCUAUCGCCUAUUACAUGUGCACCACCCUGUUCGCUGUGAUCUUAGGCAUAGUUCUGGUUGUGACCAUACAGCCAGGAAAUAGAGGGGAGGCUGAAUGCCCCGAACCCCCUUGUGUUGACAGAGCUGACAAGGUCGUGAGAGAUGUCGAGGCCCUGGAUUCUCUACUGGAUUUAGUGUUAAAUUGCUUUCCAAGUAACCUGAUUGAAGCUGCAUUUCGCCAGACAGCGACCGAUAUCAAGAAGACGGUGAUGUACAAUGCACAUACCGUUGACAUGAGUCGACUCAACGACUCUCUGUACAACUUAAUAGCGUCGAUGGACCCAGACGUUUACAAACAAAACGCUAAUAUUUCUGAAGUGAUGCAGAGAAACGUGACAAACAAGGAUAAUGUUACAGAAACUCAGUACUAUGUAAAUGUCCCAUAUAUCGUGAAGUCCACUUCUACUGGUACCAAAGACGGUAUGAAUGUGCUAGGGCUGAUCGUCUUCUCUGUCGCACUCGGUAUUGUGAUCAGUAAACUGGGUGCACGUGGAGUACCUCUCAAGAAUUUCUUCGCUUCGUUGUGCGAUGCUGUGCUUGUUUUAAUUCAUGCCGUUUUGUGGUACGUCCCAAUCGGCCUGUUCUUUCUGGUAGCAGAGAGAGUGGUUUCUAUGGACGAUCCUGCUCGUGUGCUGGAGCAGCUCGGUUACUAUAUGCUGACGGUCAUAAUCGGUCUUGUUGUCCAUGGCUAUAUUCUGUUACCAAUUAUCUACCUGAUCUUUGUUCGGAGGAACCCGUACAAGUACAUUUACGGGGUUCUCAAGGCGAUUUUCACGGCUCUAGGAACGGCUUCGAGUUCUGCGACUAUGCCCGUCACAAUGCAAUGCUGUAAAGAAAAUAAUGGCGUCCACGAGAAGGCUGUGGAUUUCGUAAUUCCGAUCGGUGCAACAAUCAACAUGGACGGCACCGCUCUCUAUGAAGCUGUGGCAUCCAUCUUUAUUGCCCAAGUCAAUAAUAUCCCACUGAAUUUUGGUCAGAUCGUUACUGUCAGUAUCACUUCAACUGCGGCGUCCAUAGGAGCAGCAGGCGUGCCGGAAGCUGGUCUCAUCACCAUGGCAAUUGUACUCACUGCUGUAGGCUUGCCAUUGGAUGACAUACAGCUCAUCUUUGCCGUGGAUUGGUUCCUGGAUCGACUGCGAACAAGCGUUAAUGUGUUGGGAGACGCCUUUGGCGCUGGAAUAGUAGGACAUCUAUCCCGUCAUGACUUGAACAAAAUGGACGCAAUUGAAGAGGCGGAGGCAGCUGAAGCGGGGAAUGCGACUGAUACCGGAUUCGGGUUGCCCACUAAAAAUGGUUACAUUAACGAUUCAUAUGAACCCGACGGUUCGACAGUAGACACCCGCAUGUAAUAAGAUAAACACCCGCAAGCAAAUAUGGGUCUUUUCUGUUUCAAAACUAUAUUACAUGUAGACCCCCCCCCCCACAAAACAUCAAAGUGUUAGAGGGAUAUCCAAAAUUCUGAGAAUACACAUGUUCAUUUGUAAGGAAUCGAGAUGUUAAA